AUGUUGGACGUCUGGCCGCAACAAAUAAAAUCAAGCAAAUUCUGGGCAUGGACAUUUAUCAGCCAAGUUCUGCCUCCUCACACCGCUUUUGUCCCGCUCAAAACUCCAAUGGUCUCCGCCCCGCCACCAGCUCCCGCUCUUCCCGCUUUCCGCCUCCCGGUUCCCGCUGCGCCUCCAUACUCCGCGAGCGAGUCAACUUCGUGCGCCGCCUACCUGUGGGCCAUGCACCGUCUUCCGUUACAGAAGCCCGCAGUAGGGCCAUCCCCUCCUCAAAACGAUCUCAACGCCGGUGCCCAGUUCAUCGUCACUCCAGAUUCCGAUCCUCACCAGCCGCCAUCCUUCCACUCCGCAGCCCAAGGCCACCUUGCUCUGCGAUCAGAGAACGUAGAUGCAAAUCUUUCUAGGGACAGCUAUUCUGACGGCGGAAAUAGCUACGUGCUUUCGAAACCUGCUCCAAAUAAUAAAUCACUUCCGUCUCAAGCAACACAGUCAAUCUCAAUACCACGAACACCUUCGCUUCAAAUAUACACCGAUCUGCCAUCGAUCCAUAUGACUGCACCACUCUCAAAUGGCCCCUGCGAGGCCGACACACCCAUCCGCGCCAGCUCAUCGUCUAGUAGCCUCCCCCACCGCACGCCAAGUAUUCGGACUGCGCUCGCGGCGGCUCACUCAUGUGCUGGAUCGAUAUCCCCGAACUCGGCUUUCUCGUCGCCACAGCUGGCGGCCCUGGUCGAUAUUACCCCUCUGCCUUCUCCCACCUUUCUGAGGUCCUCGUCCUGGAAAUCUGCAACUAGCAAAUCGCCGUCCCGGACGCCCUCUCCCUCGCCAAUAAGUGGGUCUACGUUUAGCAUCUGUAGAAUAGGAUUAUCGGAACGACCCAGGUCGUCAUCCGACCGACAGCAGGCUCAACCGAACAGUGAAUUUCAGCUACUUGAACUGGAAGAAGCCCCUGAGGCUAUACGACAAAAUAUGCACACUCGAAAUCGGAGCCUAAGUGACUAUAAGCCUGAUACACUUCAUGUUCCUCCGUCUCACAAGGCUGCUCCGUCCAGAGCUCUGCUCCAUAACCACACGACAGCACUUGCUCAAGAUAUGGCGACCCGCAACAAUAUGCAUCGUGAGGAUUAUUUAGCUGUCCAACGUGGGAUAUCGUCCCCUUCCCCUACACGUCUUCCAACUCCUCCACGAAUUGCGCCAAAUGGCCAAGGUAGCAGUGAUACAGAUCAUAUACCAAUACUGGUUUCACCCGUGCCUCAAACCCCAACGUACGAUGUUAUAUCGAUUAGAACACAACAACCCCGUAGGUACCGGAUGCUCCGCAAACUAGGUCAAGGAACAUUUAGCAAGGUUGUUCUAGCUAUGAGAGACGAUCUUGGCGGAAAUAUUAGCUCUACCUCGGGUGGCAGCAAGUUACUGUCCUCUCGGCUAGUUGCUAUAAAGGUGGUGGAGUACGGCCCGGCCGGAGGAGCAAACAAAGAAAGAGUUGAAACUUCCUUAAGUCGAGAAGUCGAGAUUCUCAAAACCCUGAAUCAUCCCUCCCUUGUCCAUUUGAAAGCAUUUGGCGGCGAUAACAAACGAGCUUUGUUAGUUUUAGACUACUGCCCUGGUGGUGACUUAUUCGAGUUCGCAAGUCGGGCAGUAAACCCAUUAUCCCAACAUAUCAUCCGCAGAAUAUUUGCGGAUGAUCUCGGGCUAUCAAAACGUAUCCCUGAACCCCCAACAAGCCCUUUGCUGCAUACAAGAUGUGGUAGUGAAGACUACGCAGCUCCGGAGAUCCUCAUGGGACAACCAUACGAUGGUCGGUCGACCGAUGCUUGGGCAAUGGGAGUCCUUCUGUACGCGAUUAUGGAAAAUCGACUUCCUUUUGAUCCCUUGCCGGGAGCCAGAGGCGACCCUGCCAAGCUUCGCGCGCGAACCCCACAUCGGAUAGCUCGCUGCGAGUGGUCCUGGUACCGGUUUUCCAAUGGAGAGGGCGACUGGGACCCAGUUAAGGGAGAGCAGUGGGAAGGUGCCAGAGCAUGCGUUGAAGGUCUACUUCGAAGAAGCACCAAACGGAUGGGCCUAUAUGAGAUCGCACAAAUGCCGUGGGUACACGAAGCUGUCGAUGAUCGAGAAGGUCUGAAAAAGGGGGAUAUUGAAGUCCCUUAG